CCCGCGUCGAAUUCCUCAAGCUAUAGCUCACACGGUCCAGUCUCGCGGGCAUCACCAAAUAUAGCAGCCUGGGCGUCAUUACGUCACUGCACCUAAACUACUCAUUUUAGAUCCCUAAUUUACACGCAUCUAACCCGAGGAAAAUAGACGUGAAGCUCCACACCACCACAAGACAACAUAUAUGUUAAGUUAAAUAUGCGUAAAUAAUGUGACCUGAUAACUCAGAACCAGCCGUGUGUUCUAUUCAAUGUUUUUAGAAAUAGAAUCGAAUUGGUGUUUUAAUAGUAAUUUCACUUUCCCUUCUCUGGAAAAUGAACGAUGUAAAUGUGGAAUAUGUAGGAUACUACAAUUCCCACUUCCCUUUGAAUGUCUCAGUUCGUUUUGGAUUUACACUUUCCAUGAGUGACGUCUGGCCAAGCCCAAGCAUAAAUAUUGUACAUUGUGUAUCUCGGCACACCACCGGGAUAUCCGGGCAACCUAAUCGAGAAUAAUUUUUGCAUUCCUAGCUACUCUCAGAGAACUGCGUUAGAAAACAGUUAGCCUCGGGACCUGACAUGGCAGCACGAAACAAAACAGCAGUAUGCGCGGUAGUGUCUUGAUGACAGAUUCAUGAUCUCGGACAGGGAUGGGAGUUGGUUUUUGGAAAGAGAAAGAGGAGGAAUUUGUCCAAGCGUCGGGACUGUGAAAUCACGCCGCAUAAUCAAAAAGUAGCCCACCUCCAGCGGAGAGUAAUAAACGACGCCAGAUAACACGCAGAGACCUCGCUGUUUAAGUAGUCGUUUGUGGUAUAACAACUUUUUUUUUGCUACUGUACUGUAGGCCCGUGUUGUUGGCUGCAUUUCGGGGACACAAUGGAGGUUCGUCGCGGGCUGUGGUGUCCGCUUGUUUCCGUUUUAGUUUACUGUUUGGGGUGUUAUUCCUUCAAUUUGGACGCCGACAAUCCGUCUGUGUUUUCCGGUCCGCAGAGAAGCUACUUUGGCUUCUCGGUCGACUUCUUUAAGCCUAAGGACAAACAGGCGAACAUCCUGGUCGGGGCUCCCAAGGCCAACACGUCGCAUUCGGUGCCCUCCACGGUGGUAGAGCGAGGUGCUGUCUACAGUUGUCCAUGGUCAAAGACGAUAGACGCAAGCUGCCAGCAACUGCAGUUUGACAACUCUGAGGAAAGGAGGAAUGACAAGGGAGUCCAGAUGGAGUUCAAGUCCAACCAGUGGUUUGGAGCUUCAGUCCGCUCAGACGGAGAACAUAUCCUGGCGUGUGCCCCCCUGUACCAGUGGAGCACCUACGGCCUGUCAGAAAGAGAGCCUGUGGGCACGUGCUUCCUGAUGAAGGGAGAGAAGACUGUGGAGUACUCACCCUGUCGCACGUCCUCACACACUCCAGAGUUCCAGGGUUUCUGUCAAGCAGGGUUCAGUGUGGACUUUGUGAAGAACCACAGGGUGGUGGUUGGAGGCCCUGGCAGCUACUACUGGCAAGGUCAACUCAUAUCAGAUGACAUUACUGAGAUCAUCGAUCGCUAUAGCAACCAGUUCACCACUACGUAUAGCAACCAGCUGUCCACCAAGACGGCCAGCGCCCAGUUUGAUGACAGCUACCUGGGCUACUCUGUGACUGUGGGAGACUUUAAUGAUGAUGGAAAGGAUGACUACGUGACCGGAGUCCCUCGAGGAGACAAGUCUCUGGGCUAUGUGACCAUUCUCAACGGCCACAGCAUGGAGUCUGCGGUGAACUUCACCGGAGUCCAGAUGGCAGCUUACUUCGGACACUCGGUCGCUGCCACCGACGUCAACAACGACGGGUUGGUGGACCUGCUGGUGGGGGCUCCUCUCUUCAUGGAGCGCGGCUCAGACGGGAAGCUGAGGGAGGUGGGCCAGGUGUACGUGUACCUAGGGAGGGGGGGGUUCUCCUUCCAGCCCCCCCGGAAGCUGACCGGCGGGGAGAUCUACGCUCGCUACGGCAGCUCCGUCGCCGCGCUGGGAGACCUGGACCUGGACGGCUACAACGACGUUGCCGUGGCAGCGCCCUACGGAGGCCCGUACAGGCGGGGCCAGGUGUUCAUCUAUAACGGGCGGGGCGGGGCCGUGGGGGUGGAGCCUGUUGCCUCGCAGGUGCUGGAAGGGCGCUGGGCGUCAGCCUACAUGCCCCCUAGCUUCGGCUACGCCAUGUCUGGAGGAACGGACAUCGACCAGAACGGAUACCCAGAUCUGAUAGUCGGGGCCUUUGGUGCAGACAGGGCUGUUCUCUACAGGGCCCGGCCAGUCAUCAGUGUGAACGCCACCCUGGACAUAAGCCCUCAGAUCCUCAACCCUGAGGACCGCUCCUGCACCCUGCCUGGAACCUCCACCCGGGUCUCCUGCUUCAAGGUCAAAUACUGUUUAAAGGCAUCUGGGAAAGGAGCUCCGGCCUUAAUCAAUUUCCAGGUGGAUCUUGUGCUGGACCGUCUCAAACACAAGGGGGCGAUCAAGCGCGUGCUGUUCCUCCACAGCAAGACGCCCCAGUACAGCAAGAACAUGACGGCCAGCAACGGCCGAGGCCCCUCCUGUGAGGAGCAGGACGCUUACCUCAUAGAUGACUCUGAGUUCCGUGAUAAGAUCACCCCGAUCAGUGUUCUGCUGGAGUACAAGCUGGAUGCCCUCAGGGCUGCAGACAAAACCAGCCUGCAGCUCAUACUGGACCACAGCACCCCCACCAACGUGUCCAGACAGGCUCAUAUUCUGCUGGACUGUGGAAACGACAACAUCUGCAAACCAGACCUCAAGCUGUCUGUCCGCAGCGACCGGGAGCGGAUCUACAUUGGCGACGACAACGCCUUGACGCUGGAGGUGACGUCGGAGAACGGGGGGGAGGGGGCGUACGAGGCCGAGCUGCACGUCACCUUGCCCCCCCAGGCGGACUUCACCGGUGUGGUCCGCAACAGCCAGACCCUGUCCAGACUGUCCUGUGCCUACAAGAGGGAGAACCUGACGAGGCUCGUGGUGUGUGACCUGGGAAACCCCAUGAAGGGAGGAACUAAGUUGGUAGCAGGUCUGCGUUUCAGCGUCCACCAGCUGUCCGAGCAGGACACCUCCGUCCAGUUCAACCUGCAGAUCGUCAGCUCGAACCAGUUUAACAACACCAGCGUGGUGGUGUCCAGUCUGACCCGCCUGGCUGUGCUGGCUCGGGUGGAGGUACGAGGGGUGUCCGCUCCAGACCAGGUGUUCCUCCCCAUCGCUAACUGGCUGCCUAAAUCCCCUCCGGUCGUGGAGGACGACAUUGGGCCCAUGGUGCAGCACAUCUACGAGCUGCGUAACAACGGCCCCAGCACCUUCAGUAAGGCCAUGCUGGACGUGCAGGUGCCCUACCGCCUGCUCAACUCCUCCCUCCUCUACAUCAUCAAGUACGAGGUGGACGGGCCCAUGAACUGCUCCACCAACAUGGAGAUCAACCCGCUCAACGUGUCUGGCGCGGCAGUUGCCGUGGAGAGGAACGCAACGGUGUUUGCUCCCGGAGACCGAGUGGAAGGGCGGAACCGCGUGCACCGGAGAGACUUGGAGGGCAAGCAGCCGGAGGGAGACCUAGGGACCCUGGACUGCAGCACAGCCCAGUGUCUGGAGAUCAAGUGCCAGGUGGGUCGUAUGGAGCGAGGGCGCAGCGCCAUCCUCUUCAUCCGCUCCCGGCUGGGCGUGGCCACCUUCCUCAAGGCCGAGAACCAGAACCGGUCCUAUGUGGUUCGCUCCUCGGCCUCCUUCGUCGUGAUAGAGAUGCCCUACAAGAACCUGGUCUCUGAGCUGCCAGCCAACAUCACCACGGUGAGCACGGCGGUGGUGUGGGUGGCCAUAGACAGCCGCCAGCCAGUGCCAGGCUGGGUGAUCGCCCUGGCAGUGCUGUCUGGUCUGCUGCUGCUGGCUCUGCUCUGCCUCGUCAUGUACAAGCUGGGUUUCUUCAAGCGUGUGCGCCCCCCCCAGGACGACAGCACGGAGAAGGAACGGUUGCAGCCCCAGGAGAACGGGGACUCCAACAUAGACACCUGAGUCCACCCCCCCCCCCCCAAACUCAACAGUUCUACUUAGACCUUAAUUUAUCUACUAAUGACGGAAUGACUUACUAGAACGUGUCCAUGGCAACCAGGUUGACUAGUGUGUGGUAGCUGUGGGGUCACCUGGGAGUUAGUUCCUUCGAUCGAUCUAUCACGGAACUGUAAUGAAUUGUGAUUCAUUCAUUGAUUACCAAUCCUGCUGUUAAUCUUUAGUUAAGGGAAGCUUCAAACAUGAGCGUGCCUGAGAAUAAUCCUGUAUCUUAGUCUGUCUGUGUGUGUGUAACAAAGAGAGAGAGGGAAAGUGUGUGUGUGAAUGUGUGUGUGUGUGGCACGCUGGUUACUGAGUGAGGUGUAAAUUAGGUCUUGCCCAUAUUGGGCGACUAGAUUUGGAAGUUGAUUUUUAACCUUUUUCUAGAUGACAUAGUCGUUUGUGUUCCUUCGCGCUCCAGCAGGUUUCUGAAACGUGCGUUAACCUCACACCUGCACUUCUGCCCCCCAAACACUGCCUCGCCUCAACCACCAGACAUCAUACUACCCUGCUGAAUACAUGUUACUGUAUCUCUCACUGACCCCUCAAUAAAGUCAAGUCUCACAUCCUG